CCAUCCACAUGAUUACCAGUAUCACAUACUUCCUGGUUAGACCUGUUUUUUUUUUGUCCCAAGAACUGGGGAGGUUUCAGGACUCGCCAGGGAGGGAAGUACCGGGGUAGCUAAAAAAAUCGUCAACCGUAAUGCUUUUACUUGAUGAACAAGUUCAUUAACAUCGCACUGAAACUGCAACCGCGACGAAAGUGUGACCGGAGUUGAGUGGACAGCCAUUGCCCAGAGACCGGUGACGUUAGCUGGGUCCGCGCUAAAGGCGGGGAACGGUGGAGAAGACGCUUUUCACGUUACUGGAGUGAUUUAACUUCGAAAGAACAGAAACUACUUGUUUUUUGCCAAAUCGCAAAGAGAGAGAGAGAGAGCAUGCGGUUGAAGCCACGGCUGCUGUAGAAUGAAGAGCCCAGCUCGCCGCACUCGGGACAUCGAGCGUCAGGCUGGCUACCUGAGGCCCGAACACUGCGCCCCUCCCCCGCCCCGCGGCACCUCCGACACCAUGUGGUUCAUCCGUGACGGCUGUGGAAUCGUGUGCGCUGUCAUCACCUGGUUGCUGGUCUUCUACGCGGAAUUCGUGGUGAUGUUCGUGAUGCUGUGGCCCGUCAAGAACGUGGCCUACAGCCUCCUCAACGGGGUGCUCUUCAACAGCUUGGCCUUCCUCGCCCUUGCCUCUCACGCCAAGGCCAUGUGCACUGACCCGGGCGCUGUGCCAAAAGGAAACGCGACCAAAGAAUUCAUUGAGAGCCUCCAGCUCAAACCAGGACAGGUGGUCUACAAGUGUCCCAAAUGCUGCAGCAUCAAGCCUGACCGAGCUCAUCACUGCAGUGUGUGCAAACGCUGCAUCAAAAAGAUGGAUCACCACUGUCCCUGGGUCAACAAUUGUGUUGGGGAGAACAAUCAGAAGUACUUUGUGCUUUUCACGCUGUACAUUGCGUUAAUAUCGUUCCACGCGCUUGCCAUGGUGGGGUUCCAUUUUGUUGUCUGCUUUGAAGAGGAUUGGUCAAAGUGCAGCGCUUUCUCUGCACCUGCAACGGUCAUCCUCCUCAUCCUCCUGUGCUUCGAGGGCCUUCUGUUCUUAAUCUUCACAGCGAUCAUGUUUGGCACACAGGUGCACUCGAUCUGCUCCGAUGAAACGGGUAUCGAGCAGCUGAAAAAGGAAGAGAGGAAAUGGCUUAAAAAGUCCAAAUGGAUGAACAUGAAAGUGGUUUUCGGGCACCCGUUCUCGGUGGCCUGGCUCAAUCCCUUCGCGACACCCGAUCACGGCAAAGCGGACGUAUACCAGUACAUAGUGUGAAGGUUAGAGCGUCGCGCGUUGGCUCGAAACGACGUAUUAAUGGAGAAAAAAAAAAUAAAACUCCUUCACUAUGUUGCAUCUGUCUUGCUGCGGAUUACCACUUAUAUUGCAAAAGGAAAAAAAAUACUCACAAAAAGCAAAUGGGUCGACUCGAAUGACAAAGUAGGAAUCGUCGCGUGUUAUGUGUGAUCUUGACCUUGGUUUACAAUGCGCAAUACAAAUCGAGGCCGUUUUGUCUUCCUGUAACGUUUGGUCAUUUGAACCCUGUCGCUGAGUUGCCUUCGAUUUAUGGGCCGAGGCGUCAAGCACACAUGGACGUCAUUUUGUAUCGUCUCCAUAUGUGAAACCAUGGACCAGAGAUUGACAUUCUGUCAAGGAAAUGGAUUUUAGGAGUGAAUUUCUUGUGAUUUAUUUUAUUUUUUUUCUUUCAAACAGUUUCUGUAAUGCUGUAUUUCCUCAUAUGGUGGUUGGAGGAGUUUACUCCACCGCUGAGUUCGAGUUAAGACGUUUAUCGGGGGACAGGAGUUUUAUUGAACACACAAGAUUUUUUUUAUGCAUUUUUUUUUUAAAGAAUAUUUUAAAAGUAUGUGGUGUUGCCCACCUCAUAGCAAUUCACUGUCCACACCCCUGCUAUUAUGUGCCCUUGCCUGUGGGAAAGGAGAGCCACAGUUGCCUCAGCACUUUACAGUCAGCGGAACAGUAAAACACGAAAAGCACACUCGCGCUGAAGCCGCAGUCGGCCACAGCUCUCCCCGGACACUCGCAUGCAGGCUGGCUGAUGUCAUAAGCCACCCCGCCUGGUCCCGCCUCUUCGAAGCCUAUACGUUUCAUCUACAGUAUUUUCUGUACAUUCCACUCCCUUUUUUUUCUCUUCAAAUACAUGUUACAAUGUACUUGAAAACUCUAUUUUGACCUGUUGAAAUAUUUUGAAGGCAAGCAGGAAAUGUCAAAUUCUAUUUUAGAAAAGUGUUUAUAUGCGGUCUCUAUAUAUGGCGUAUUCAAAUUUAAUAUCCAUCCAUUUUCUGGAGCGUUUGCCCGUCGGGUUGCGGGUGGGUUGGGGUCUACAGUGGCAGGGUACAACUCCCGACUGGUCGUGGGCAACAAUAUAAUAAUAAUCAUGAUAUUAAUAUACAAUAUUAUAAAUGUAUAUUAGUGUUGCCUUGAGAGAUGGCUGACCCGAAUUGAGUCUUGAAGCAGAUGACAGCUUUUGUCUCGUACUGAAAGGGUAGAUGUCUUUUAUACGUUUUGGAGUUUAUCCAUUAUAAGUUGCAUACAUAUUACAUCCCAAAAAUUCUGCCGUCUUUUAUCAAGUGACUUCAGAACGCCCCCGCAGCCCUCCCCAAAUCUUCAUUUCUGCUAACUGUUGAAACAUUGAGCAAUUUUUGCUCUGUAAACUGAACUUUCUCUUUAAAGUCCAGUGUAAACUUGAGCUUUCCACAUGCCAGGUCUUUUUUUUUUGUAGACGUAAGUUGAAAUAACGGAGACAGGGUUGUGGAACGGGAAAAGGUGACUGAAGCAGCCACUAUUUGAGGAAAUGCUGUCAAUCAACUGCUCAGAUGCACGGUGUGGGGUAUGCAACGUGCAACAAGUACCGUAACUCACUUUUGCUGAUGUUCAAAACUUGGAAACAUGCUGGAUAGUUGUUUUGUUACGCGAACGUUGAUGCCAUUUGGAAGGUAUGAAAACUGUGAUGGGAUGUCAAACUGACAGUUAAUAUAAUUCAGUUGAAGAGCGGUGUAAAAGCCUCCACCUUUUACUAAGAUGUCACUAUCGCAGCCUCGUUGUCGCGAGCGGAUGUGCAAUACUGCGCAAAAGUUUUCAGCCACCAUUAGAUUUGUUAUACAUGAGAUGCUGUUAGUUGAAAAAAAAAUUUCCUUUAUGCUAUCGAUGCCAAUUGUGAACACUUGCACAUUUACCCCAUGAGUUGCGCGCCGUAUUUUCCGCACUAUCAAGUGCACCUUAAAGCAUUCCAUUUUCUCAGUGCGCCUUAUGAGCCGCCUUCUAUGUGGAUCAAUAUUUGGAUUUCUCGAACGUAGUAUUUUAAAUGUUCUGUAAAGGCCUUUGUUUACAGCUGCAGCGGUCGUGAAAGCUCGAUAUAAAUUAAAGCUGUUGCUCCAUCUAGUGGAGGCAUAAUGCAACCGCAGCCACUAUUGUGGCUUCUAUUCUAUGCGCCUUAUAAUGCGGUGCGCCCUGUAUAUGAAAGCAGUUUUAAAACAGGCCAUUCAUUGAAGGGGCACCUUAUACUCCGAAGCGCCUUAUAAUGCGGAAAAUAUGAUAGUCAUACUAUUUGUCCUUUUUUUUUUUUUUUUUUUUUUUAAUAAUUCUAAACCCUGUGGUGACCUCAAACUUUUGACGCCGUAUUUUACAUUUGUUAUGAAAUGCUGAUUUAGAUACUGCCAAACUAGUACCGGGGGAAAUGCAUUCUCGUUUAAGGUAAAGAAGUCCGGGGGGGAGGGGGAUAUCUUAAAUGAUGUCAAUAUGUGACCAAUCAGGUGCUCCUGUAUAAACUCAAGAGCCUUAAAGCAUAAAACUGAAGACCAUAUGAAUUGAUCGACUGAAAAUUUCACGCAGGCCACUCACUCGAUGAUUCACCCAACCCAACCAUCAAAGGGGAGUUUGUGGAACAUUUGAUUUGAACUUGCGUGAUGCGUUCUGUUUCAAUGUGUGUGUGUGAGGGGGGGGGUGGGGGUUAAAAUGCAAUACAGUAUCGUUGCAAUAUUUUUUUUUUAACAUCUUAUGGAUAUACAGUCUACUAUCCAUCUUACAAGAAUAACACUAGCUGGCAGUUUAUAAUUUGUACGGUCCGUCAUCAAUACUAUUUUAGUACGUUUUAGGAAUUUAUUUUAUAAUGUAUUUCAGUUAAGAAGAGGGAGAGAGAGCAAUAAAGUUCUGUUGAGACAAUGAAUCAUGUCUAUUUCUUCCAGUAUUUUCACUUGGCAAAAGUCUCCGUUCAUUAUUUCUUUUGAGAGCAUUUAACAGGUGAGUCAGUAAGCAUCAUGAAUGAGGUACAAAAAGUUAGUCUUACCCCAAAACUGCAAUCUAUUUAAUUAUUACUGUCUGUUUUUUUAAAUUACACUAUGAGGAAGAGUUGCAUUGUUUCUAGAUGAGAAAAAAAUACACAUUUCAUUGAAAUCAUUUCAACCGGUCAUCAAAAAUAAGCAUCUUGCUCAAGUCUACCCGGCGACCAAUUUUUUUUUUUUUGUGACACUGGAGAUGAUCAAUUGCACAAGAGUGAACCAAAAAAAAACCAGCCAUGAUCCUGUAAUUCUUAGUUUCUAGACUUAAGUACACGAUACAGUAUCUUGUGUUCCCAAAAUUCAAGUGCGCAAUCCAAAUAUUGUGACACAUCAAACAUUUUUUUUGUACUCGUUACAGAUAUAAAUCAUCUCUCUGAUCACGUUGUGGUCACAUUAAUAGGGAUGCAUGUUACAUAAGAUACACGCAACAAUUGAAAGCACGUCUGGUGGACAGUGUUUGUGACUUGUUGUUCUCGCUACCAUGAUGCAUUCAUAUGUCUAAUCAACAGCAAAGUGAGACCGAAAGACCAAAAGAAAGCCUUUGAUGUGGGCUGACGGUUAUUUACUCCCAAAGUAAAUGUCCUCCAUUUCCUCAACUAACGACGUUACUUUAUUCAACUCAAGAGUGCCAGGCAUAUAUUUGAAACGCCGUGGCCUUUGUACGUUGGUUGACCAAUAAGUUUUAUUGCCAUGUUGCAUUGAAAAUGAAAUGCAGAACUGAACUAUAUACACACGUUUGUCCCCUCAAACAACUCAAAAUAAAAAACAGCCACUGUUAAUCUAGCCUAGAGUGAAAGCAGGCGCUAUUAAUAUAGUCCAAAUAUGCGAUGUCUAUUAGGUGUGUCCCUUAAAAAGCAAAAGAAUUGCCAAAUAUGAAUUGGCCUCAUUAAUGUCUAAACCGCUGGAGAAAUGUAACUAGUAGCUAUGCUGAAGAUAACUACAGCACAAUUGGCAAGCCAUUUUUUUCCCUCCAGAAAGAACGUUGAUGCCGUUUAGCUUAUAGCAUCGAUUAGUAUUCAAGAGUCCAAGGUCUUUCAUAGCUACAUUUCUAUUAUUGUGAAAAGAGAACCUCUUUUUUUUUUUCUUUAAAGAUUUAAGUAUGCACAGAUGUUUACAGUGAGUGUCAUAGUGAUUUGAAAGAAACACUUUGGUAACCAGAUAGCUGCUGUAUACAACCAAAAUUAAUUCACGGUGACAUUGUGCCAAUGUUGACAAACCCACUGCUCCCUUGUUGCCUGGCAACCUCACGGAAUCAAACUCCAGGAUGCCAAAGAACUUAUCAAAGGAGUUGUUGUUCUAACACAUUAUAACAUCAAAAAAAUAAAAA